AGAGACAAUAAAUGGCUAUAGACUCCUCUCGGAGUUGUAUAAAUUAAAGCGUUAAUCAAUAUUGUUAUUCGUUAACUAAUAACUAAAACUGGGAGCUCAUUUAACAGCUCGGUAUUUGGGGGCGUGGCUUACGAUAAAGGUGUGUAAGGAAAAGUGUCGAAAGAACAGAAAAGGGAUUCCUAUUUCCUGUGGGUUUUCCAGCGCCUUGGACGAUGUAUGCCGCCAGAUACGACGGCCACAGUGAUCGCCAUGAGCGGAUCGACUUCCUGAGCAGCAAAGAGAAAGCCCAUUCCAAGCGGAAGCUAUGGGCUGUGAUAGGCGUUUUAUUGGCAGCCCUCAUCCUUGCUGCCGUAGCUGCUUUCCUAAUUUGGCUGUUUGUCUUUAAGGAGGCUGAAGAAGCCGCCAUCAGUAGGCAGACAACUCCUGCAGAGGUCGUGUUCAGUGGUCACAUGACACUACCAGAUGUCAAAUACAACCAGCAGCUGGAGGAGACCAGCAGCCCCGAAUUUGAAGCACUGGCAGAUAAUCUGGAGGCAAUUCUGGAGGAAAACAUCAAGAAAGAUUCAAUCCUUGCUACGUACUACACAAAGUCUGUGGUCACAGCAUUCAGUGAAGGUGUGAUAGCUUACUAUUGGUCCCAGUUCGACAUCCCAGUGGAGGACCUGGAGUUUGUGCCAGAGCUGUCGGAGGAGCUGGUGUUAGAGACUCUGGAAAAUGGAAUAAAAGAUCAGCAAAGGACUACCGGCCAGAUAAAGAUCAAUGAAAUUACAGCCACACUCACCGACCCUCGCAUGGCCAGGAAUCCCCGAGCAAAGGAGUGUUUUUUCCAACUGGAGGCUGAAGGAAAAGAAUCUGAGUUUUCCUCACCGGGCUUCCCCGACGGCUACCCCCCGAGGUCUCGCUGUCAGUGGCAAAUCAGAGCCUCCGCAACAGACGCCAUCUCCGUCAAGUUCCCUUUCUUCUACGUGGAGGACGACUGCUCUGAUGACUUUGUGUCCAUUUAUGAUUCUUUGAGUCCAGAUGAAUCUCAGGCCAUCACAGAGAAGUGUGGUCAUAGGCCUCCCGCCAACCCGCUGGAGGUGGUGUCUUCUGGGAACAUCAUGCUAAUCAACCUGAUUACUGACAGUGAGGUCCAGCGACCCGGCUUCCAGGCAGUGUACAAAGCCAUCCCCAAAUCUGAGGUGACGCACUGUGGCGGUGAGCUCUCUGCAAGCACGGGAGUCUUCACCUCCCCUCUCCAUCCCAGCUUCUAUCCUCCAGCUGUGGACUGCAAGUGGACUAUUAAGGUCUCAGCUGGGAAAAAGGUGCGCUUGAGGUUCAACAUGUUCCGCAUGAAAGAGCCAGGAGUGGACAUCCGUCGAUGUCACAAAGAUUAUGUACAGAUUAUGAACAACAAAUAUUGUGGCGAGCUGUCCUCCUUGGCUGUGACCAGCACUAAUAAUGUCCUAGAGGUGACCUUCCACUCUGAUGAGUCGUACACCGACAAAGGUUUCAGUGCUGAAUACAGUGCCUACGAUCCUGAAAACCCUUGCCCCAACAUGUUUGCCUGUGGUUCUGGCAUUUGCAUCUCCAAAGACCUCACGUGUGAUGGCUGGAACGACUGUGGCGAUAUGAGUGAUGAAAAGAACUGCAAGUGCGACAAUGACCAGUUUGGUUGUCGUAACGGUUUGUGCAAACCUAGAAUGUGGGUGUGCGAUCGCGUUAACGACUGUGGCGACAACACUGACGAGGAAAGUUGCAGUUGUGAAGCGAACGAGUGGCGCUGUGGGAAUGGCGUGUGUCUGCCUCAGGACGUUGUGUGCGACACAAAGAUAGAUUGCACGGAUGGCAGCGACGAGGCCUCGUGUGAAACCUCACCGGGUAUCUGCUCUGACUUCAGCUUCAAGUGUAAGAGCGGCGACUGUGUCAACAAGGUGAACGCCGAAUGUGACCGCGUCAAUGACUGCUCUGAUAACUCGGACGAGGCCAGCUGCAAUUGCGGCACUCGACCAUACAAGCUGAAUCGGAUCGUCGGAGGCCAGAAUGCCGAAUUCGGAGAAUGGCCUUGGCAGGUCAGCCUGCACUUCAUGACGUAUGGGCACGUUUGUGGGGCCUCCAUCCUCUCCGAGAAGUGGAUUCUUUCAGCUGCUCACUGCUUUGUCACCCACGACCCAGCGAACCACGUAGCAUUCAACUGGCAAGCGUACAGCGGCAUGCAGGACCAGUACAAGCAAGAUGGAGUCCAGCGCCGUGCCGUGGAGAGGAUCAUCAGCCACCCGGAUUACAACCAGAUGACCUUUGACUACGACAUCGCCCUGCUGGAGCUCAGGGAGCCUCUGGAAUUGUCUAAUACUAUCCAACCCAUCUGCCUACCCGCUUCCUCCCACGUCUUCCCUGCAGGCAUGUCCUGCUGGGUCACGGGUUGGGGCGCGCUCCGAGAAGGAGGUCAAAAGGCGCAGCUCCUGCAGAAGGCCUCAGUGAAGAUCAUCAACGACUCUGUGUGUAACGUGGUCACGGAGGGCCAGCUAACCUCCCGGAUGCUCUGCAGUGGCUUCUUGGCCGGAGGAGUUGAUGCAUGCCAGGGUGACUCGGGAGGGCCCCUGGUUUGUUUCGAGGAGAGUGGGAAGUGGUUCCAGGCUGGGAUCGUGAGCUGGGGUGAGGGCUGCGCUCGCCGCAACAAACCCGGUGUCUACUCUCGCGUCACCAAGUUCAGAAAAUGGAUCAGAGAGAAGACAGGUAUUUGAUGUGAGGACAAAGGGAAGGCGGGAUGGCGAGCCAGAAAAAAGUUGGGCUAAAAGGACAAAAAGUGUUUGUCUGUUUUCUUUGAGAAGACGUUGCAUGGGCGCAGACACUCAAACACUUGAUAUUGGUUUUAAUCUUCUUCCCCUUUCAACUAUGACACCCGCUGGCUCAAAUUUUGUCCAGUAAUCAACAUCAAUGGCUCAUCAUAACCCCUAAUUAUUAUUCACUGAUGAAAAUACCCUCCAUUUACGAAGACAACAAUUUAUCGCAUUAUCCCAUUAGUUGUGUACAGAGCAAAAAUUGUGCAUCGUGGUUUUUGAACAGCUGUAGUCUCUUGUAGAUAUUUUUAUUUUUUUUUAUUUCGGUUUUUAUGUAUUAAACCAUGUUUGUUUAUAGCUUUCACAAGACAAGAGCUGGACAUAUAAAAUAGAGUUUUUUAUAAGGUUUUUAACUAGGGGUGUCCCAAUCAGAUAUUGACAUCGGUCCAAUAUUAGCAAAAAAAGCAAAUAUUGGCUUGCAUCCAAAAUGUCCAAUACAAGCAGUCCUAUAGAGUGUUUACUUGUGCAAUGCUAGACAGCCAGUUAACAUCUAAAUGUCCUCCAAUUAGAACACAAAGUUGCUUUUUUUCUUGUAUUUUAGUCAAGUCAAAAAGGUAAAAAUGGUAGGCUAUAGCUUACUAGGAGCUAGCAGCUACACAACAGCUAAGCACACAAUGGCACACAAGCUAGACAUACGUUAUGCAAGACCCUAAUUGAACAAUAUUGCAUUUUCAAUAUAAUAAACUAUUAAAUAAUUAAAUUAAACACAUUCCUACUAUUCAGAUACAAAGUCUCCAAGACAGAAAGUAUCCAGUAACAAAUGUGUCUGCGUUAUUCAACUUUCUGCGUCAUGACCUUAAUAAAUUACUGUUACCUAGGCUCUUAAACUAAAACACAGUAUAUGUCCAUUCCAAAUGGUUAAUAAUAGUGUUUUUCCUACCUACCAUUUUUUUCUGUUUGAGUAAUUUCACUUGAUCAAAUAUUUUUUAACAUUCCACACAACGCAAACCACACAAGUAUGUGUGAUUUGUGCAGAUAACAUAUCGGAUCAAUACCAGUGUCGGACAAUAGUCAAAGCGCCAAUAUUGGUAUCGGAAUAUUGGGACACCACAAUUUUUUAAAUAAAUAAAAAAAAAAGAUAAUGCAGGUAUUUUUUAUCGGCUUCCUUCAAAUUAAUUUUGUGAUGAACUAAUAUUGAAAACAUAUGCUGGGAGGAAAAUAAAGGUUAACAUAAUUCCUAUGAUUUUGGACAGGCAUUUUUACCAAUCAAUCAAAGUCUUCCUCCAACUCUUCAUCAACACCACGCAGUUAUUUGAUUUGAACAACGACUAACCUUCCAAAUCGUCACCCACCUUGCAAAAAAGGAGCACAACAUGAAGAUGGUUGAGUAACCCUAAAUGAUUGAACUGUGGAAAAAUACUUUGUGAUGUGGGUUCACUAACAUUUGCAAACCAAAUACUGAAAUAAGUAUUAUUUAUUUUAAGGGGGAGAGUGUUUUGAAUAUAAAUGUUUUCUAAUAAAGACAAAAUACUUUAAGACUUGUACAAUUGAUUUGUAUUGCACACACGUGUGUUCUAUUUGAGAGAGUGAUGAUGGCAAUAAACUGCUCUGGAUUGGA